UUUUUUUUUGUCAAAAAAUUAGUUUUGAGUAAAUUUAUCACAGGUGUACCAGUUUGGAAUUUUUCGUGGUAUUAAUCCAAAAAAAACACCAAGAUCGUGAGGAAAGCAAUAAAGGAAACUUUGGAAUCUGGGACCCCGAAUAAAAAAUAAAGAUUUCGAACACCCUUUUCUUGAUGUGCAAUUGCUUCAAACUCACAUAACACAUGGCAUAGGAAAUCAUCCGGCCACGUUCUCGGGGUUGGGGAGAGAGUUGCUGUUUGGCAGCUACUGACUGAACCAACUCCUUUCAGACUUCCCACUAAAGCAAAACAUGGUGCGCACAUCUAUCAUGCCCCCUCUAACACCAACCUCCUCCUUUGUCACUGCUGUGUUUCUUCUCUCUUCCGGUAUUUGUACUUGAAGAACAUGAACAGAGGUCCGAGGUUGUAACACAGAGAGAGAGGGAGAGAUAGAGAGAGAUGGGAUUAUCGCGGAAGUGGCUCAAGCUAAUCCGCAAGAAGUUCCGCGGAUCGUCUCGUAGGAACAUCCUCAUCCGUAGCGAUAGCAACCACGGUCCUUUAGAAGAAGCAUUAAUAGCGGAUCGAGUCAGCGACGACUUGCUGGACCAACAAGCCGUCCUACUAGAUGAACACAUUUCAUCAAUGUUGAUGCCGUUGCUGCGACGUUUCACGGAAGAAGAGCUCGCGGCCAUCAAGAUCCAAUCUUAUUUCAGGGGCCAUCUUGCGAGACGGGCAUUGAGAGCGCUGAGGAGCCUCGUGAAGCUGCAAGCAUUGGCUCGGGGCACGUACGUGAGGAACCAGGCGCAAAUAGCGAUGCGGUGCAUGCACGCGCUCGUGCGGUUGCAGGUCCGGGUUCGUACGCGGCAGCUUCUCGGAGUCUAUACUGAUGAAUGAACAAUAUGCGAAAUCUACUCAGGACAUGGGACAAUUGCUGUAACAAAGGAUCAUGCUCCAAAAGAUGCUGUCUGACAUUGUGAAUAACGCAGAGGUUUCGACACUAGUGUUUAGCCGGCCGCCCUGAUCCUAACCGAAAUCCUGACGUCUAUUUACGCAUUCGUUUUGAAAGGCACGACGCCGAGCAACUUUUUUUUUUUUCUGAAAUAGUCAUUUGAUCAUGUUGAUGUUCAUGUUCAGUGAUUCUGAUUCCUGAUCAACAUUUUGUUCCCAAGAACGGAUAGCUUGUUCACAGAA